CGACCAUCUUAUUUUGCUUGCAAUGCUCUGUGGUUCGCCCGAUUCCGCUGCUUGAUUGAUUGUUCAAACCAUUCUCUGGUCUCCCAACACCCUUUCCUGAGCUGCUUGAAUCAUUCAGCUACAUAGGCCUAUCUUGCGAUAAGCCCUUUACUAUAAUAGCUAUUAUCGAACUUGUGCCCCGCGGCCUCUUGCGCAUUAUCUAUCAGUUCCCGCUGCCAAUUGAUUGCCCGAGGUCGGGACUUCAGGUUCAACAAACAAGUACGAUAGUGAUCCAUCAUGGCCGCCGCCGUAGCUAUACAACCGCUGGCCCCUCGCUCUGGACCAAUGGCUUUCAACCAACAACAACCAAGGACUAUUACCAGCUCACGUGGUCGCAGAGAAAGACCUUGUGACGGUUGUCGCAGACGUAAGAGCAAGUGUGUACUACAAGACUCAUUACCUUGCGUUCUCUGUGAGUUCCAUAAGCAAGACUGCACCUUUGUCGAGGCUGCCCAGCCACGCAAGCGGAAGGUAGACGACUCUGCUGGAUUGAAGGAUACGCCAAACGCCAAACGUCCAAAGGAUUCAAAGAGCCCUGGCCAAACACCCCCACCGCAACAACAUACUAUCGCACCUGUAAUUCACGUGGAGAAGCCACAGCAUGCCCCUCAGCCCGUACGCGGCGUGGUUCUGGGAGACACUCUAAGUUUACAACGAGAACAGCAUUGCAGACUUAUCGGACGUACUUCGGCCUUGGACAUCUCCCUUCUUGGAUUCUCGGACUUUGGUAGCCGCCACGAGACUAACACUGGAUUUGGCAAGAUUAGGAGGGUAGCAACCAGUGAUUUCUUCAGCAUGCAUACCGAUGCCGCCUUUUCGACAUAUGAAGAUGAGCUACAGACACUGGUUGCCGUCGAGCAGACCGUGGCACCUUAUGGCCCUGCCCUUAUCGACCUGUACUUCCGCAACGUACAUCCCAGCUUCCCGAUCUUGCAGAAACAUACGUUCAUGGACCGACAUCGUAACGGGGAUCGUCAAUUUCACUCGGGCUUGUUAGCUGGCAUGUACUUGCUUGCUCUUCGCUGGUGGAACCGAGACCCCGUACUCUCUCAGCAUCCCAAACCAUCGGUAUACAGACUCGAAGAGCUCGCUGCACGAUCACUGAGUAUGGCAAUGCAACAUCCCAAACUAUCCGCUCUCCAGGCUGGCUUGCUGUUGCUGCAAAGACGGCAAGCGACCGACUGGGGCCUCACUGUACAGCUGGUUGCUUUGGGACAAGACCUCGGUCUGCAUAUCGACUGCACAAACUGGGACAUACCAAUUUGGGAGCGUCGCUUGCGCAAGAGAUUGGCUUGGGCACUUUAUAUGCAGGACAAGUGGACUGCCCUGGUGCACGGACGACCAUCUCAUAUCCAGGCCUCAGACUGGGCGGUUUCGGCUCUAUCUCUGGAUGACUUCAACGAGGAAUUCGAAAACGCUGACCAGCAAAUGAUCGCAGACGACGAGAAUGAGGAGGAAGAAAAGAGCAGGGUCAUAUUUAUUCAGAUGAUCGAAUUGACGAGUAUCAUGGCGGAAGUGAUUGAUGUUUUCUACACACAAAGAGCGAAUGCCGAGUUUGAAAGAGGCGGGCGAAACGCAACACGGUUAAUCCUGGAGCGAGCGAAGCCAGUUCAACUCAAGCUGAAGGAGUGGUUCUCAAAAUUGCCAUCGGUUGCUAGAAUGGAUGCAUAUACACCGGGAAAGCUAUCAUCAAAUGGCUACCUGCAUCUUGCAUACUUUGCGACCGAGAUUUCGAUUCACCGACGCAUUGUGCAGUCGCUGCAGCCUUCGACGACAGACCCAUAUGUUCUGUAUAUAUGCCGGUCGGCGGCAAAGACAAGGUUGAUCUCGGCGAUGGACUUUGUCAACCGUCUCAAGCCCGAGCACCUCGACUCAUUUUGGUACUUUGCAUCAGCAACGAAUUUUGCUUUGAUCAAUACCUUCGGCAAUUUGCUUCGAGCAACAGCGCCAGGAGAGGAGGAGGCAGGGUUCUACUCGUGUCGUCUAAAGGAGUAUAGAUGGGCGUUGGGUGCCAGCUGCCGGAGAGCGGAGUGGCUCGAAGGGGCUGUCCGAAUGCUGGAUGCAACAGACAAUCUAGUCGAUGGCCUUGGUGACAGACAACGAAACACUCAGCAGCAUACGAUCAACGAGGAAAUGGACGAGGACGAGGACGAGGGAGAUUACUGAAGCAGGACUUGACCGACUGGAUUUUGACGACUUUGAUUGCAUUACUUACGAUACCCAUUUGAUGAUUGGCAGAGAUUAGAAGGGAAGCAUAUAGAAGAAGAGCCAAGGCAUAGAGCAUUAGGACGA